AGCGAUUUCGGGACGUGGCACCACCCCUGUAGGUGUAUUCGGUUGAAAAUGAGCGGCUACACAGGAUGCCUCGGUACACAUUAACAGCCACGUAGUUGGAAUUUCUUAUUCUGUGAUUUGUCCAUUACAAGUUUAGCCAUGGUCUGGUGUUCAGUGCCUGGAUGUGCAGAUUACAAGAAAGCGCAGACUGCUGGUGUAACAUUUCAUCGGUUACCUGCCGGAGAUAUUCCUCGUAGCAUACAGUGGCUGGUGGCAAUAAGAAACGCUGCCUACAACGUAAAUACUCCAGUGGAGAAAUAUCCAAAUGUCCGUGUUUGUAGCCAGCACUUUAAGCCGGAGGACUUUGAAACAGACAUGAAGUCUCAAUUGAUGGGUUUGCCAGGUCGUCGGACGUUGAAAAGUGAUGCUAUUCCAUCAAUUUUCCCCUUCACUUCAAAGAGAAAGGCAUCGGAUCAGACAGUAUCAGCGCAGCAGAAAAGAAUCAAAGCAGGGACUCGUAGUCCAUCAUCUGCAGCAGCAUCGACAUCAAGCGCAGUACAAGGGAAUAGUACCAAACCUGAUGCGGAUGAUGACGUCAACACCAGCUUCAGCAGUGCAGAUCAUGUAGACAUACUUGAUGAAAGCUUUUGGCUGGGAACAAAAUCAUCAUCCCACUCGGACGAGGGAAAGACUUCACGGCCCCGACAAGAGCCGAAGUGCAUAGUGUUGGAGUCCAAGGUCAUGGAGCUCAUGAAGUUCUGUCAGACGUGCGGACGGUCAAUUACCUCCACAGACAUUUCACACAUCGGGACCAUGAUGAAAGUGAAGUGGGGCUGUAAUGGCGGACACACGGGGACGUGGACCUCGGGCCCCGACGCUUCUUGCUGUCCAAGAGCGUAGUGGGGGAAAAAAUGUGGGGAAAUGAAGUCAUUGGUGCGUGAUACGGUGCUCCAUAUCACACCCCUUGGAGUCAGCUCGUUGGUGGAAGAGGGAUUUUAGCACACUUCCCUGGCUUAUUUGUUGGCCAGUGCUUCACCUAAUCGUCGGCUGAUAAGAGCGCCUACAGGACAACUGUGAGCAUUCCCACACAACAACACACUAGGGCACUCAACUCUGACCCUAGGAGUUCCGGAGCCUGCUGGUUUCCCGUUCCACCUCAUUCUUAAUAGCACUCACCUGGUGUUUUAGGUCUAAAUGAAUACCUGAUUAGAGGGUUGGAAUGAGAAAGCCGGAGUGGAAUUGGUCAGGGAGGUGACUAAGAAUCAGAUGGACACACUGACAGAGCUCAAGUGUGGGAGAAUCUUCCUGAAGAGUGGCCAGACGGAAGCCACUCCUCAGUAAAAGGCACAUCAGCCCUCUUGGAGUUGCACAUAAAGGCACAUAAAGGACUCUCAGACCUUGAGAAACAAGAUGCUUUGGUCUGAUGGAACUCGUUGGCCUGAAUGCCAACCGUCACAUCUGGAGGAAACCAGGCACCCAUGAAGAUGAGUCAAGAUCGAGGGAAAGAUGAACAGAGUGAAGUUUUUUGAUAAAAGCCUGUUCCAGAGCGCUCAGGGCUUCAGACAGGAAAUUACCUUAAGCACACAUCCAAGACUAGGCACUAUUGGCUUUGGGCUUCGGUCAUUCUGUGAGUGUCCUUGAAUAACCCAGCCAGAGCCUGCAACAGAAACUGAUUGAACCCUGGAGAGACCUAAAUAUGGCUGUGCAGGCAGUGUUCCCCAUCAUACCUGACAGCUUGAGGAUCUGCCAAGAGGAAUGGGAGGAACUCCCCAAAUUCACUUGUACCAAGCUUGUAUCCAACAGGACUUAAGGCUGUAAUUGCUGAAUACCUAUGUAAAUAUAUACAUUUGCAAAAAUG